CGCCGAUUGAACACUCAUGAAUAUGAGUGUUUUUUUUUUCAGAAUGGAAUGAUCACAGAUCCAGCAUUAUGCGAUGAAGUCCUUGUUGUACUCGGACUCAUAAUCGGAACUGCUUCAGUUAUUUCACUUGCCCUUUUAACAACAUUCUACUUCGUAAAACUAUAUCCAAAAGGUCGUAUCUAUGCGCGAUUAUCGUUCAUUCUUCAGUAUCAACCUCGUGUUGUCGAUGACACUCUAGGCAUAUUGUAUAUCAGUGGAAUGUUUCUAUUUUUCUUGAUGUUCACAUAUUUUACGGAUCAAAAUUUCGGUGCUUUCAACUGUACAAUUGUGGCCGCCAUUACAUAUACACUCUUCCUAACGUAGUGUAUCAUCAUGACAACGUUCCAGUCAUUGAAAGUUCUAUCAACAUUCAAUCCAUCCAAAUAUCUGGAAUCGUUUCUUAGAAAAGCGUCGAACAUUUUUGUUGCUCUCGCAAUUGGAAUCGGUGUACCAGUGAUAAUAUGCAUCGUGGUUGCAGUAAUGAAUGUAGAUUUCUUUCGAAGAGAUGAUAGAUUGUGCGUUAGUCUGCUUAUUUCUACUCGAUUAUUACUGUUAAUAUUAUCAUCAUUGUUAAGAUCAGCAUUGGUGCAAGCAUCAGCAAAUGACUUCAUCACUUUAAGUUGUUGGAUUCGACCGGAUUAUAUUUUCUUGGCUGUUGUUUUUCCUUUGAGUCUUGUGUUUGUCAAUGGAGUUAUCUGCUUCACAAUGAUCUCGAACAGACUCUUCCCUCUAAUCUGCUUCAAAAAAGGCCUCGCCAAACAGAUCUUUCAAUAUUGCACGUUAUUCGUACCGCACGUAACGGCGUUUCAUUAUUUGUUCAAUUUGGUGAAUGGUUCACAAGGUAUCAUAUUGAUGUUGAUAUAUAUGUUUCGUAUCGUUCACGCACAUCACUUAAGACGUUCAAUUCAAGACAGUCGUCGUUUGUACGCUCAGAACGAUGCUGAUCAACUGCAGCAACAGCAACAAGAGUCAUUCACUGAUAAUUUUAUGUAA